UAUGUAAUUAUAUCUGCCUCGAUUUUUCAUGAGUCAAAUCUUCAGCAGAUUUGUAAAACCUGUACCUCCAAAGAAUGUUAAUUAAAAGAAGAGAGCACUAUAAUUAGCUAUCAAAGAAAAAUAAUAAUAACUUGAAUAAAGUGGAUUAUUAGAUGAAAAUCUUAAAUAGGAAAGAUUCACUCAUACUACAAAUUACAAUUUUGAAACUUAUCUAAAAUACACCAAGUUAGUAAAGGCAGAGAGAGAGAAAGAAAUCUAAGUGAUCUAGCCAAAAUAAAAACGUGUUGCAAUUUAUGAUCGUCCAAAGUAAAAUGAGUGCUAAUUUAAAUAGAUUUGAUUUAUCAUUGACUGAUUAUUAUGUUUGGACAUCAUUUCAUGAUCCAUAUUAUAAACCAGAUGAAUAUUCAGAAAUUGUGGUGUGCAAAAUAUAUUUAUCACCAAAAGGACUUAUUCAUGCCUUUGGUAUGGGAAUGGAUCCAUGGAGAAACAAAUUAGCUACGAAAGAAUUUGAUUUUGAAGAUUCAAAUUUGGAUAAGUUUUGCUUGUAUUGAUUCCUAAAUUAAUAUUUCAAGGUAUGAUGCAAAAUAAACCACAAAGUAUUGGGGACCCAACAGAUCAGAAUAAUUUUAUAAUAAAUAGUAGUAUUUGAAACCCAUCUACAGAAAGAAGAGAUGGCCUACAUUUGAAGAAUUUUGGAGUCAAGAAGAGAAAGCCCCAUUUAGAGUAAAUUGUACUAGAUAUGGAGACUUUAGAAAAUUUAAAGAAUGGAUUUAAUAAGAAGUAAUAAUCUUAUCAAAUAAUAUAUAAGAUUGAGAGAUGCUCAAAAUUACCUUCAUUUGAAGAGAGAGUCUUGAAAAAGUAUGGAUAACCUGAAUUCUAUUCUGAUUAUUCUAAGAAUUAUUAAUGUAAAACAGAACCAGCAGUUUAUAAAUAUACUAGAGAGUAUUUUUUGGAAAAAGGAUAGAAAUUAGAUUAAUCUAAUGUGUAUGAAAACUUUGUGUAUUAUAUAGUUUAAACAUACCUUUGUAACCACCAGAACAUUUAGGUGAAGAAUAUCGUGUACCAAAUAAAUGAU